GGCGGAUCUCCCAGGGGGCGGGGAUUGGGGCUUCGGGCCCUGGGCUGGCCGAGGGGAACAUGGCGGUGUCCGCGCUGCAGCUGGGGGAAUUGGCCCUGCACGGAGCUGCCUUCCUCUGCGGGGUGGUCUGCGCCUCGGCCCUGACUGUCACCCAGGGGGAGUUUGGUGGCCGGUGUAUCCUCUAUGGGUCCGUAGACAAGAACGGGACGGCCCUUGCUCUGUCUCACUUCAGCAACAUCUCCCUCUGUUACUUCGUCACUGCCAUCUCCAUCCUCAUCGCUGUGUACUGCUUCGCGGUGCUGCUCUACGGCAUCUACAGCUGCUGCAUGGACGAGAGGAGGUGGGAUCACACCUGGCUCACCGUGAACCUGGCAAUCUCUGCUGUGAUCCUUUUCUUCCUGCUGGUCUCGGCCUGCAUCCUUCGGGUUGGGAUGGACACUCUGUGCUCGUCCAUCCUCCAAACCAAACUUGUGAAAAGCUGCCAAGAGGCCCAGCACACGCAGUGGUUCCCACAGUAUAAUGCAGCAAGGUUCUACGACAAUCUCUACAGUGCUGAGGUGAGAAUUAACCCAGGGCUAGGGGGCAGCAGCUGACGGGGGCGGAGGGAA